ACAACCUUGGUGAAGUGCUUUCUAUCAUGGUAUAAUGAAUUUAAAUGUAGAGGUUUUUGCCAGUACCGCUCGAUUAUCGUAAAUUAUUAUGUUAGGUACACCAGCUAAAACAACAAACUCGCACAGCUUUUUUUGACCGAAAGAAAAAGUGCUCAAAUAUUCCCACACUCUUAUAAUAUCAUUUGCUUUUAAGCUAAGUAGCCUUUUAAAUCUCUUUCUUGAUUUGUUUGCCUUUUUACCGUUUAUACAGCAAUGUUGGACUAUUUUGUUAUCAUUUCUUCGAAAAAACAGGAGAUAAUUUCAGAAGUGAAAGACCUUUUUGCUUCUUCAGACAUUCGUGAUCUUGGUUCUGAAUGGACUGAAGUCUCCGGCAAACUCAAGGGUACCUUCGACGAUGCGAAGGAAGCUUGCUUUCAAAUAUCUCAGAAUCGAAAAUGCGAUUGUAAUUGUAUAGAUGGAGAAGUUUACGAGGCCGAAAAGAAACUUGUUGUUUUUGAUAUGGACUCAACUUUAAUCCAACAGGAAUGUAUUGAUGAACUAGCUGCGGAAGCCGGCGUUGCUGAGGAAAUCAAAAAGAUUACUGCCUUGGCUAUGCAAGGCGAAAUUGAUUUUUCUGAGUCUCUCCGUCGUCGCGUCGGGCUCUUGAAAGGACUCAGUUCGAACAUCAUCGACAAGGUUAUUGCUAAGAUUACGUUUACCCCUGGAGCUAAGGAGUUAUGUCAGUCAUUGAGAGCAUUGGGCGCUACGACAGUUGUAGCUAGUGGUGGUUUCAUUCCAAUGGCGAAAUAUGUGCAAAAGGAACUAGGCAUAGACUACGCUUUUGCCAAUGAACUUGAAAUCGAAGACGGCAUCCUGACCGGAAAAGUUAAAGGAAAGAUACUUGAUGGAAAAAGAAAGGCUCAGAUUUUGUGUGAGAAAGUUGUCGAACUUCAAGUGCCUGAGAUAAACACUGUUGCUAUUGGUGAUGGUGCCAACGACUUAAUUAUGAUGGAAGAAGCCGGAUUGGGAAUAGCUUUCAAUGCGAAACCAAAGGUCCAGCAAAAGGCUGAUUCGAGAAUUAAUCAACCUUCCCUCCUUAAUGUUAUGUACCUAUUUGGUUUUGAUACACAUCGCCAACACAAGCUUUUAAGCGAAUAGGGCUAUACCUUUGAAUGAGGGUCUUAACUUCCAAUUUCCAAGCGCAAACUGAUUCAUACUGUACUUUUGUGUAACACAACUUGUUUGAUGAUGCACACAAUCACAAAAGACAGAAAAAAGUCUGGUUAUAAUUAUACAGACUUUAACUGAUUGCGACGUUAGAAAAUACAGUCAAAAAAACGGACAACUUGAUCAUCACGUUGGAUUGCCGUGUUAUCGAAGGACUUUUGAGCAUUAAAUAAAAUAAAUUUUGAGUUUAAAGUUCUCUGGUUAACGGGUUUCCUCCCGUUUUACUUAUCUUUUUUUUACUGACAGAACCAUCAUUAAACAUAGCAUCUCUAAAUCACGUUUCUGAUCUACUGUUAACCGAUAAUACGUUCGCCAGUAGUUCAAAAGCUAAUUGACAAAGAAAGAGGUUUUGCUAAACAGAUUUUACAAAAAAUAUAGAACAUCAA